CUCAAGGCUCAAACAGUCAAGAUCAUCUUCUAUCUAUCAGAGUAUCAGACUAUCAUCAUUCAUCAUAGUGAAGUUUGAGGGAUGCAUACAACUUUUUCUAUUUCUAUGUGUUCUUCCUUAUUUUACUCCAAUUCUCCCUAGAAAUCUGAAAUCUUGUCCUAAUCAUUCAAUCUUCCUAAAAUCUUGUCCUAAUUUAAUUUAUUUUUCCUAAAUUUAAAUUAUUCCUCUUUGCGUUCCCAGAAAUCUUCCUCCUUUCUUAACCUAAUCCUUCGUACAGUUCUAAUGUCAACACCUCGUGAUAAUAAAAGAAGAAAAACGGAUACCCAGGAUCAUGACAUCAUGCCUGAACCAGGUGACGAAGGUUCUCGCGGAGAUGAACAUACUGCUAUUGCUAGGACAGAGGUUGAUGACAAGGUUUAUGUCCCUGAUGAACAAGAGGCCCCAAGUGACGAAGGUUCUCGCGGAGAUGAACAUACUGCUAUUGCUAGGACAGAGGUUGAUGACAAGGUUUAUGUCCCUGAUGAACAAGAGGCCCCAAGUGACGAAGGUUCUCGCGGAGAUGAACAUACUGCUAUUGCUAGGACAGAGGUUGAUGACAAGGUUUAUGUCCCUGAUGAACAAGAGGCCCCAAGUGAUAAAGUUCCAGAGACAACUAUAAGCAAGAGCACUAUCAGAGUUUGUAGUAGCUCAACUACAUCGAGAGUUCCGGAGACGACUAUAAGCAGGAAGAAUAUCAGAGUUUGUAGUGGCUCAACUACAUCUGGAGAUAAACUGGUUGCUGAUGCUGGAGACCCCUUGGAUGGUGGUAAUAUGUCCACCACUUGUCCUUGGGCCUUACCCUCUAUUACAGUAGCAAACCCCAAACCUCUCCCCAAGCCAUGUCCAGCUUCUACAAGAAUACAAGUUGGGGAUUUUACUGUUUUUUUGGUUCCCCGUGUCAAAUUGGACUUUCAUUUAUUCUGUGAAGAAGAUAAAAUGGUGACAAGACAAAUGACACGAGAGAUUGUAACAUCACUAUUUUCUAGCCCCCGGAUAUUUAAAAAAAGUAUUUCUGUUCCGUACGAAGAUGUUAGGGUACGUCUUUUGUUCAAUCAAAAAAUGAAGGGUAAACUAACAAUGUUGGCUGAUGGCAGAUUCUUUUUUAGACCCCCUAACUUACAAAACACUAGCGUGCUUUUGAAAUUAGGGAACGAACUUUUUGAGAAACUUGGUACGUUUGAAGUGACCGAUAACGGCACUCUCUUCGUAGUAAAAGUGUUUCCGCCUUCUUUUUCAGAAGAUGCAACACAAAUGAAGUGUGCUAUUUCAGGUCUGACAGAGGAUCCACCUGCUAUUAUACUGAAUGGAAUUCCAUCUCAUUGGUUUGCUGAGCAACCUGACUCCUCCAAACCAUCAAAAAGGCUUCUUUGCAUCUUUCUUGAGACUUUUGGGAAAAUCAGGGAUCUUGACGUUGUUCCGGAUGAAAAUUUUGGUAAGGAUGAGAGAAACUUUUAUUCAACAAAAAAAGAGGAUUCAAUUUCGACUGUUGUGUAUUGCAAAGUAAUUGUUCAUUACAAGGAGUAUGAACAUUGCUAUAAUGCGUUGAAAUUUUUGUGCUCGCAUUCGUUGCAAAAGGGUUCAGGCAUAGCCGACUAUGAAGUGUCUUGGAAGGAGGAGGAUCUUUGUCCAAGGUUUUUAUCCUUACAAAAGGAGGACCCAAGAAUGAAGUUUGUUUGGAAGGACAAGCGUGAUGUUUCUGCAGACCAUGAGAAAGUGGAUUUUGAGGAGUUCCAGGCUCUAAAGCACAAAAUGAUUAUGCUGGAGGAAGAGUUGGAGGAUGUGAUGGCUAGAUUGGAGAAGUUUGAGGCAUUAAAGAGCAAUGGUGCUCUUCCUUAGUUAGGGUUUGCCGAUAAAAUUUAUUCUAAAUAUUUUGGUCUACAUACUAGUUGAUUCCCUAUAAGUGUUUCUAAAUAUUUUGGUCUACAUAUUUUGGUCGUAGAAUCACCAAACAAGCUUGAUGCCUUGAUAAGGAGUUCAACGCUGCCAAUGAUAGUUAGGACUUGGGAGGCUGUUGUGUUAUAGUGCCAGCUUGGCAUGCAUUUUGGGACCGUGUUAACUUAACUAUACUUUGUUGAAUUCUAUCUUAUUAUUUUUUGUUUUACAGGGCUGAAUUUAUCUUAUCUAAACCUUUUGACCCUAACUUUAUCCAUUGCCAUUUAUUUAUUUUUAUUCUCACCAUUUUUUCCGGAAAAGAAAGAACACUUCAAAAUUUGUCGAGUAUGGAAGAAUCGUAGGCAGUUAUGACUUCACCAAAUUGAUUUAACUGAACGCUGAUGUGUAGAAAACUGAGAAAAGAAAAAGGACAAAAUGCCAAAAGUUAUUUAUUAGACCCUUUGUAAAGAGGGUCAAUAGUUUGAUAUCUCUUAAAGUUUUGUUUACUUUAAAGUAAUUUUGAUCAUUCCCGACUAAUAGCUUGAGAUAGUUGUAUGUUUUGAGUGAAUUCACUCAAAAAGAUGAGAAAAAUCAAGUUUCAAACAAACUCCCUCGGGCAAUGGAUGAGAAGAAUCUGAUUCCAAAUGUAACAAAUCCCUGGAAGCAAGUAAUGUUGAUGGGAGAUGGUGCAUCAGAUUAGGAGCCCGUCAACUUACAAGUUUUUUUAAGGGUGUACUGCUCUCAAGGUGAACUACUCAUUCAAGGUUACGUUGUUCUUUUUUACUCACAAUGCCUAAGAAUUGGGUAAGUAUGUAUCUGAUUGACUGAUUUUCAAACGUCUGACUUUGCAGGCUCAAUAGAAUUCUGGUUCUUUUGAUUUGCAUAUUUAGCUGUCCAUCUAUGACCUAGUUUAUAGGGCAUCAUAUCCAGUUUCUUCCCUACUUCAGUUGAACAUGUUAGCGAUGUACUGGGAGCUGGACAGUGAAAGAGUCCAAGCAUAAAUUUGAGUCAAUAAAUAGUAAAUUAAAGAGCUCAAGAGGCUAGAAUUGAUGAGUUUGAAUUAACUAGGAUAUCAAGGUUAAAGACCAAGUCAAAAAACUUCAGAAGUUGCAGACAGUAAUACUGUAGUCUCUGAUAUGUUCACAUAUACUGGGAAUUGAGAGACAUAACUUUUGACAAUCAUAGACUACAUCUUUAUAUGUCCUAACUACAUGCAAACUUUAACUUAAUUGGGCUAAUUCAUAUUUAAUCAUUCAGGAGCAAACCCUUCAUUUUAAUUAUUCCAUAUGUCCAUAUCCUUUAUGCUCCAUAUCGACCCAUUAGUGGUCUGCUAAUUUAAUAAAUCAGAUCACUUUCUUGAUUUCUUAUUCCCAGCAUUUCAUUUCACUUCAAUGCAGGUUACUUAACCGUAGCUCUUGAUACCAUGACAAAUUAACCAACUAAACGUGCAUCUCUUUAUUAAUCAUCAGCAAUAUAUGUAGGACAUAGAGUUAUAUUCCUACCUAAAUUCUAAAUAGGUAAUACAUAACGUAAUUCUGUAAUCUAUAUGGACUAGAAUUAUAUUAGCCUUAGUAUUAGUGUACUGUUCGAAGUCUAUUGUAACAGCAUACCUAUGACAAGCCAAGGUUGCCAACUCAUACUUGUGCACCCCUUUUUCUUGGCAAUUUUUCUCUGUUCCUAUUUUUUAUUUCAUUAGGGGCUUAAUACUUCAUUAGAAUAUACACUAAAUCGGUUUUGUCUUGGCAUGCACUAAUUUUAUGGUUUAAGUCAACUAAAAUGCGAUCGUGUGAAUAGACUAUGGAGCCAGUUGAAUUUCCUUAAAAGGGUCUCUAUUUAAUUUCGGGAGAGAUGGGUAAGGUGAGAUAAGUGUUUGUGAUGUUGAUCAGUGAUGCAGUCCUUUGUGAUCAUGCUGGUUUUCAACGGAAGCAGUCUACUUAGUAAACCUGGAAUCACAGGAUAUUUAAAUGCAUAUCCACAUGGAUAAAUAUCCCUACAAGCUACAAAAAGGCGCAGGAAUUUAGUAAUAGCAUUCCACAUAAAAAUUUUGGGUUUUGCUCCACUGGUGUAAAAUCUAUGUGAUUGACUGCCUAGUGGUUUAAGGUUUUGUUUUCUGUUCAUAUUAUAUAAAAACAUGUUUUGACAUCCAUGGCAGUGCUCUCUAGUCUCUAGUUGUUUCUCUCAAUUAGUGAUGAUGUAUUUCCGAGCUGUUUAAUUUACACUUGACUCUGCAGUACUGAAACAAUAGGUAGUACAAUUGGUCUUGGUUCUCAAGGAAGUAUGGGGUUUCUUGCUGCUGAUACUGAGCGCUUCUUCUCUUAUCUUAUGUGGUAAAGCAUUCGCUGAUGCAAAUGGAGUCAAACGAAGUUUGUCGGCACUGUCAGAACCUAUUUUAGCAGCCCGGGGAGGCAUCCCAUUGGCAGCUCGGAUCCUAGAGCUGGUGGAUUUAGUAGUACUCUUGUUUGCACCAGAAGAUGUCAUUCAGAGCUCCUCAGAUCUGUUGGUGUCUGCAGAUGCAGGUGUUAUUCUUGCUUAGAAGGUGUUGCACCCUUUUUUCGAUCCAAACAUUCCAAUACACCAAGCAAUUGCCUGCUGCUGUAAAUCUGUAAUCCUUGCAUGUUCUGACAGCUGAAGGACACCUCAAUUACUCCUUUAUUGAUAAACAUCAAUGAUGGCGAUAAGCAUAUAACUGGGAAAGAUCUUGUGGAAGUAGUUGGGUCAGCUCUUUCAAAGAACAUAUCAUUCUUCCAAGUUCCAACCAAAAGGUAGAGACCUGAAACUAAAGUUCAAGAGGUUUUUGUUGAGCAAAUAUCAAGAAUUACCCGAAGAAUUCUUAUUUUUACAUACUCGUGAGUUCUGCAAUCUCUCUUACCUGUACAUAGGGUGUAGGAACAAGUUACAAUCUCUAUUUUCUAGUGCAACGAUCAAAACUGAGACGGUGAAAAAAGAACUCAAGCUUGUAGUUCCAGCUACUCGAUACACUACUCAAGCUUGAUGUUCCUGGCAUAUAUAGACGUAUGGUGGUAAAAUGUAAGGUUUUUUCAUACCCUAUAUGGGUAUUUUGGGAAGAAAUCGGGUGGGUGGAGACUACAAACACCAUGCUGGAGUUAUACUUACUGUUCUCCUGAGCUCAAAGUCAGCUGCUAGGCAUGCUUAGUUAAUGGUAUGAUCCAAUCACAGAGACAGGCCCAAGUGUUGCGACUGCUGCCUUGUUGAUGCUGUUGUAAGUCACAGAGAAGAACAUUUCUACUGACAGAGUGACAGUUCCCUAUUUUAGGGGGGAGUUUCUUGAUGAGAAUGUAAAUGAUAACUUGAAUUACUGAUUAUGCAGUUGUAUAAAUUGUCUGAAAUUUUCUGUACCAGUACAUUCCUAAUAUGCCAGAAAUACGCUUGUAAGUUGUACAAGUUGUAUCAUUUUUUGUAACGUUUCAGGUUUAUGCAGAGAUAUUUGUGA